CGUAUUUGGACUAGUCCAGUUUACACGACCGUGGGUGAAGUGUAUUGUGCCGCCACACCAUCAAGUCGCAAGCAGAAAGUCGCCAGCCAUCAUGGACAAGAAGCGAGCGUCCAGUGUGUCGGCGGCGACGCCGACCGUCGCGUUCGCCAUGAGUGACUCAACGAUGGCGAACGAUGCGGACAAUAUCGUCAAGUACAUCGACACGGAGCUCACGAUUAUCCAGGACGACAUUCCGACGCUGACGGGGGAGCAGACCACCGACACGAAUGGCAUUCCAUUGUACAAAUGGCGCACCAGCCUCUUCGCCUUCUCGUCGUUCAACUUGUCGCUAAGCCUCUUAUCGGUCGUUGCGCCCUGCGUCCCCGUGGGUCACAUCGCCCAACGCGUCGGCCUCGGCCAAUUUGUUCUCGUUCUCGUCGUCGCUGGUGUAUUUUACGUCGCAAGCUUUGGCUUGAGUUUUCUGCAACGGCCUCUCGUAAAUGCCAUCGCAACUGCAUGCUCCCUCAACUUCAUCGGUUUCUUGGCCGUCCUCCGCUCUCGCGUGCGUCAAUUGUUCGAUAUCCCUGGGUCGUUGCUGUCCGAUACGUGCACCGUCAUGUGGUGCGGCUGCUGCGCCAUCGCUCAAAUGUCUACGCACGUCGAGGCCAUGGACACUAGAAGCUGCUGCUCGCUGGUUCCUCGCGACGUCCUGCCAGGAUACAAGUAGUCACGUCUGUACGGCAGAUAUUUAACUGGUGAAUGAUUUUGCCAGCGUGGAGGGCUGUAAUCCCAAUAUCGUGUUGUAAUCCCAA